AAAAAAGAAAAAAGUAAAAUAUUAGUUCAAGACUUCAAGUUAGUUCACUUCAGUCCAAAAAAAAAGGGCCUUAUUGUGUGGGGCUAACUUUUACUUUAUUAAUUCCAUCACAAGCCCGUUAUGUACAACCUUGUACUUGGUAUGUAUUAAUGUAUAUGAAGCUUAUUGAUCAAAAAAAUCUCGAGACAGCAGAGGAAAUCAAGGUUAUUAGUUGCAUAGAAAUGGAGAAUUAAUUAUCGUAUUUUCCCUAUUAAAUUUCUCUUCAUCUUCUUAAUAACUUCAACCAUUUGUAAUUAGGGUGGAAUUUCUCUUUGUUCAACAAGAUUUCACUGCAAAAAAUGGAGUCUGAGAAUCAUAAAUCAUGGGAAGAAGAAAUUUACUGGAAGAAUUUUCAUUUUGCUCGUUUCUCUCUCAUUUUACCCACUAAUUUUCAUCAUCGUCUCGUGCUGCCCAAGAAAUUUGCUGAUCACAUGAGGACACAUUUACCUGAGAAAGUAGCUCUCAAGGUAAAUGGAGUUACCUGGCAUGUAAAUCUGGAAAAAGAAAAGAAUGAUGUAAUGUUCCGUGGAGAUGGGUGGCAAGAGUUUGCGAAAGCAUACUCCUUAAAGAAGUCAGAUAUGCUGAUUUUCAAGUACAAUAAACAUGAAUGCUUUGAGGUCUUGAUCUUUGAUCAAGCAAAUCUAUGUGAGAAAGAAGCUUCUUAUUUUGUAAAAAAAGGUCUACAGCCGAACUCAGAUGGCAGUGAUGAUUCCGGUGGAGAGGUAAAAGAGACUUCGGCUGAGGAGCUCACUGAUAAAAAUCAAGGAGAUGAUGACUCUGUUGAUAUUCUUGGAAGCAGGCGUAGAAAGAACCGUGAUGGUUUUGAUGGAGAUGACGGGGAUGAUACUUCUGAUGAAGAGAAUUCCGUCUCAUCAGAUGAUUUUACUUCUCCAAAGAAAACUGCUACUGAAAGAGUAAGAGAAGUGCCAUCCAAUUUUUCAAGGAAAAGGACCUACAAAGUUUCUGAAAAGAGUCAAAAGACCAUUCCUAAAAGAAAAAAGUCUUUCGCUUUAACAUACAAUUCGAAUAGAAGACCGGUCACUGAAGCAGAGAAAGAAAAAGCUUUGAAGAAGGCAAGGGAUACAUCCAAACAAUACCUUAAUUCCUUCAGUGUAGUUAUGAGACCAUCUUGUGUCUAUAAGCGAUUUUUUAUGUCGAUCCCAAAAGAAUGGGAACCUACGUAUGUUUUCAAGAAAGGUGAAGAAGUAAUACUCCGCGUGAAAGAGAAAACAUGGGUGUGCACAUUUAUUUGCAAUAGAUAUACUGGAGGAUUUGCGGGUGGCUGGAAAAGAUUUGCUGUUGAGAAUUUCUUAGAAGAAUUUGAUGUGUGCUUGUUUGUGCCCGUUGCCUGCUCAAAUGUUGGGAAAUCUGUACUGGAUGUUAGCAUAUUCCGAGUGACUCCAGUAGUUGUUCAACCCAGCCCAGUCACUACGUCCAAUGUAGAUGUACAGGAGAUUCCAAGUGAAGAUGGAAGCCUAGGAGAUGAUGAUUCUGAUUAUGCCUCAAGAAACAGGAAAAGGCAAAACAACUCUGGUGCAACUCCUAAGGGCCAUUACUCUGGCAGUAAUCCUAAGAAAGGUCGUUGUGAGGAUGAAGGAGAUGAGAGUUCCGAUGAAGAAAAAACCAGCACAGAAGACUGCACGCCAAAGAAAGCUGCCGGGACUGCUAGAGUUAGAGAAGUAACCGCCAAUUCUAAUGGGAAAACUGGAAAAACUACCCCUGACAAAAACGGGACAUUUUGUGAAUCAAGUGUAAGACAAGCAACUGAAGCAGAGAAAAAUCAGGCUCUGAAAAAGGCAAAGAUAGCAGCAGCUCAAUACAAACACCAAUAUCCUUUAAUUGAAGUGAUGAGACCAUCCAGUGUUCGUAGACGAUUUUUCCUGUCGUUUUCCAAGGACUGGAAAAUCAGGCGUAAAUUGAGGAACGAUCAAGAAGUGAUCCUUCGAGUUAAAGAAAAAACUUGGACGUGCACAUUUAGUUUAAGUUCUAACAAUGUUGGACUUUUAAGUGGCUGGAAACACUUUGUUCCUGAUAAUAAAUUGGAAGAAGAUGAUGUCUGUGUGUUUGUGCCUGUUGGAGAACAGAAUAGGAAAUUAGUCCUUGAUGUUAUCAUAUUCCGAGCGCGUCCAGAGAUCGAUUAAUGAUGUCUUGUAACUCUGUUUUUUUAGACUAAUAAUUUGUUGUCAACAUAAUGGCCUCAUUGAUGGUCAUUUUGCUACUCUGUAAGCUAGGAGAAGAAACUGUCAAAUUUCGAGGUCGAGGUGGAUGGCUGAUUUAAUUUCUCUAAGACAAGGCCUCCCUCUUGUGGAAAUGAGAUUUUCAAUGAUUUUGUUAGUGGAAACUUAUUUUGUUGAUUCUUGUAUAAAUUUUAAUAUUUUGCAUUGUGAAUGUGAUACUAGCAUGAAAGUAAACAGGGGAAU